AAUGGGAAGAAGAUGGGGAACGGGAUGGAGAUGGGGAACGGGAUGGAGAUGGGGAACGGGAGGACGAUGGGGAACGGGAGGAAGACAGAAUGGAAGACAGAAUGGAAAGAAGAUGGGGAACAGAGUGGAGAUGGGGAAGGGGAGGAAGAUGGGGAAUGGGAGAGGGGGAGCGGGUGGAAGACAGGGAAGGGGAAGAACAUAGGGACUGGGAGGAAGACAGGGAAGGGGAAGAAGACGGGGAGCGGGAAGAAGACGGGGAGGGGAGGAAGACGGGGAGCGGGAGGAAGACGGGGAGCGGGAGGGCGCCGCUACCUUCCAGGCACUUGGCGCUUAGCAGGGUGCCGGUGGGGACUCUGGCCGGGGCCAGGCGCAGACCCGGCGCGCACCGUGCCGAGGCGUCCCGCACCUUUCCCGGCGGUGCCGGGUGA